AGGCAAUAAUUUUAUCUUGAAACCCUAAACCGCGCACUGUGAUUUGGCAGAGGAAAACCCUAAUUUCUUUGAAUCUAACUAGAGAGCGUGUUAAAGGACAUGACAAAUAUUUCAUCAUCGAAAAGAAACGGUCAAGAUCAACCUGAAUUAAGUGGGACCACAUCCAAAUCCCAGAGGACCAAAAUGAGCAAAACUGAGGACACUGAAAAGAAGAUUCUGAAUAAGAAGCUCAAAGAUGUUGAGAUUAGCAUUCCUAUAGUUUACGGCAACAUCUCAUUCUGGCUUGGCAAAAAGGCAAAUGAGUAUCAGUCACAUAAAUGGACUGUGUAUGUACGAGGGGCCACAAAUGAGGAUCUUGGCGUAGUGAUAAAGCGAGCUGUUUUUCAGCUGCAUUCCAGUUUCAAUAAUCCAAUAAGAGUUGUUGAAUCACCACCUUUUGAAUUAUCUGAAGCAGGGUGGGGUGAAUUCGAGAUUGCCAUCACACUGUAUUUCCAUAGUGAUGUUUGUGAUAAACCAUUAAACUUAUAUCAUCAUUUGAAGUUGUAUCCGGAGGAUGAAUCUGGUCCUAUGUCUACCAAGAAGCCUGUUGUUGUGGAAUCAUAUGAUGAGAUUGUGUUCCCUGAGCCUUCGGAAGGUUUCUUCGCUCGUGUGCAGAGUCAUCCUGCCGUAACCUUACCCAGAUUACCUGCUGGUUUUACUUUGCCUCCCCCUGUACCAGUUGAGGAUGCGAGUAAAAGGAAGAGAGGUGACACUAAAGAUCAUCCUCUAAGCCAGUGGUUUAUGAACUUCUCUGAAGCAGAUGAGCUCUUACAACUUGCAGCAGCUCGCCAGCAGGUGCAAGCUCAUAUUGCAAAACUCAGAAGACAGAUAAGCUUGAUAGAUGGGCAGCAUCAACAGAUGAAAUCUCCCUCUGACCACUGACUAUACAUUAACACUUGUGAAUUUCUUGAGAUUUCUACUUCACAUUGUUUUUGGAGCAGCAGCUGCACAUGAUGGCAUAGGAUGUAACAAUAAUAUUUAUCUUCUCAACUGUUGGGAGAUUCUUUCACUUUGCCUCUUCUCAUCUUCUUUUUUAUUCUCCCCUUAACUUCCUAUUCAGUCCUUACAAAUGAAAAUGUAUCUCUGUACUAAUAAACAAAAGGAAAAUGUAUAAUUUGAUUCUUUAGAAGUAAAUAUGAAUAUUACUCAACUGUCUGCAUCUGAAA